AUGUGGCAGAUUUUCCGCAUUCUUCUGCGCCUUAUUCAGGAGCUUCAAGAAGCUGUUGACGACUGCUACAAUCUCAAUGGCUGGGCACUACCCAAGAAGGAAUUUGAAGCUGCAUAUUUGGGCCGGAAGAAUACCUCAAAGUAUGCAUUCCUGGAUGCGAAUGCCAGGCUGGUACAGAAGGAGCUGGCAACACAAGCAGAUGAUCAGGCACACUUCCAAAAUGCUGUGCCGGAGGGCCUCAAAGGUCCUGCUGCAUUGCUGCAUUCUGUGUCUGCAGCCAUUGAGACCUAUGUCCCCUCGCGGCUGGGCUUUACCUUGUGGGGCUGCUCGCGUGUUACAGCAAGGCUUCCACUCUCUAGCAAGUCCGAGGAAAGCUCGUAUCGACCGUUCUCAUUGUCGCAGAGCAACUAUGAGGAUGGCAAAGUGCUAGGGCAUAUCGACUUCCUUGAGAACAGGAAACUUUGUGUCAUGCUUCUUCUUGACGAUGACGGGACGGAACUCAUUUUGGAGCCCUUCGACUCCCGCUUUUGCGAAGGGGCUCAGAUGAUUCUGCCCACCAAUCGCUUGGUGGUCUUUCGUCAGGACAUGUUUUCCUAUACUUAUCGUGCGUGCGGUUCUGGUGCUGCUCUCCAAGUGCAAUUGGUGACCCAGUCCCAUGUGCCCAACACGCGGGAUUUGCGGGUGGUGACAGUCCCAUCACAGCUGAUGAAUGACCAUCAAGUCAUGGUGAGGUCCAUGGCAUGCCACUAUCCUGGCAACUGCGAGAGUCAGAGCGGCUACUGGGCUGUGUCCACAGUUUCUUGUGAUGGCCUAGUACCAGUUCCAGUCACACGCUGGGAUGCAGCCCAGUACUAUUCUGCAGAGGAGAAGGAAGGUUUCACCUACGCCAUUCAUGGAGGCUUUUGCAACGAUGACGAUGUCAUCAUGUUCGACAAUGAUUUUUUUGGCAUUUCGGAAACGGAAGCCAGCAUCAUGCCGCCAGCACAGCGAUUGGUCUUGCAGACCGGCUAUGAGGCACUACGGAAUGCUGGCGUCAGCAAGGCUUCAGCGCGCGGCCUCCCAUGUGGCGUCUACCUGGGAGACUCGGGGUGUGAUUGGCCUCAGCUGUUUGGCCAUGUUGCUGGGCCACAGCGCGCCCUUGGUUCUCAACAGAGCAUUGGAGGAUCGCGCUUGGCGCAUGUCCUCGGCUUGAGAGGGCCAACAUUAACCUUGGACACUGCUUGCUCUUCUUCCUUGGUGGCCAUUGGUGUGGCACACAAUGCCCUGCGAAAGGCGAUGCCUGAGCAAGUUGAUCCGGGCAUUCUGCCUCAUAUCAAAAUGGCACUAGCGCAAGGUUGCAAUUUGCUGCUGUCUCCACGAAUGUACAUCCAAUAUUCUGGUCCUCACAUGCUUUCACCGAGGGGCCGGUGCUUCACGUUCGACAGCAGUGCAGACGGUUAUGCAAGAGGCGAAGGUUGCGGUAGCUUGACACUGAAGAUGGGCCCCAGUGAGGUCGAAGCACAGGAAUGCUUGGCAUCACUGAUCGGCUCUGCAGUGAACCAAGAUGGUCGCAGUGCUAGUAUGACAGCGCCGAAUGGCCCAUCGCAGCAACAGUGCAUAAGGACCUCCAUGAUCGAGUCCAAGCUCAGUGCCAGUGAGAUCAAUGUGGCUGAAUGCCAUGGCACCGGUACAGCCUUGGGGGAUCCGAUCGAGGUCAGCGCUCUGCGAAUGGUGAUGCAGGAACGACCAUCCCCCAUCAUGAACACAAGCGCCAAAACGAACCUGGGUCACCUUGAAGCCUCUGCUGGCAUGGCAGGUGUUCUGAAGUGUGUGAACAUUCUUAAGAGCAGUACCUGUCCAUCGAACAAUCAUCUCCGACUACUGAAUCCACACAUGGACACCAAUGGCUACCCAGUCUAUUUUGCGAACGAACUCUCCGACUAUGGUGUCAAGUCAGGCAUCUCCGGAGUCUCCUCCUUCGGCUUUGGUGGCACCAAUGCUCGGGGCGACCUUUGGGGUCGCUGCAGCAGGGGAGCACGGUGCACUGAGCUACUUGACACUGGUGCCUGGGUGCUGCAGCGUCAGCUCUUCUACGAUCGAGUCUUUCACUAUGGAAACCCAGGACCACACGCCAGCGAUCAGAUCUACAUUGCCGGCUCUUGGGAUGCAUUCACCAGCAUGCAGGAGAUGGAGAAACAGAUCCUCGGUGAAUACCGCACAAUCGUUAGAUUGGGUGAGACAGGCCGCGAGCAUUUUCGUCUGCUUGUCAACCAGGAUCCCAAUCAAAUCAUCCAUCCUGGCCAAGCUCUUGCAGGGCCUCGCAGUUUGGCCUUGGGCCCUGAUCGUAAGGGCAAGGUAGCUAGCUGGCUCAUUGACGGCAUAUUGGAUGGCACUGGUGCCGGUGCCACCUACAUGGUGAAGCUCGAGUGGGGUUUCACGUGGGAGAGAGGUGAGUACAGGAUUGUCACCUGGGAGCCGUGUGCGCAAGAAGCACCUGGUCGGGGCUUGCCUUCCAGCUUCAACCACUCCUAUUCUGUGGUGGGAAGCUGGACUGCGUGGAAGUGCCAGGAGAUGGUGCGCAGUCAGUACGAGGAAGGCGUUUGGAUCACCUCUGUGCGUUUGGGUCUGUCUGGGCAAGAGGAGUUUCAAUUCGUCAGAGACCGAGACUGGUGCCAGGUCAUCCAUCCAGCUGCUAGCCGGGUCACCCGCGCUGACGUCGCCAUUCGUGGGCCAGACAACUUUGGUCAUGGCAGGAAUUGGCUCUUGCAAGGUGAAACGAAUGAGAUUGUCACCAUCAAGCUAGAGGUUUUGGAUGGCAGGAUCAUGGUACAAACUUGCUAUGAGAAGAGCAAGCACAGCCAGGAGUGGCAGAAGAAAACCAUGGCUGACAUAGCGGACCCGGUCUUCCUGAUCUCUGGCUUGUGGAAUGGUUGGGGCUUCGACGUCAUGACAAAGGCUGGAGAGAAAUCCAGCUCAACAAAGGACCCAUCAGAUGGAGCAGUCUUCCGGUACGAUUUGAUCCUGGGAGAUGAUGGCAUUGCCGAAUUUCAGAUUGUUAUGGAUGAUUGGGGUGGGGAGCAUCAGCCGAAUGCCUCAAAGUGGCUACCUGCCAUGAAUCCGAGCCUCAAGGAAGCCCAGCGUCGGCUCUAUCCCAACAAGCCCAAGGCUGUGUGA